AUGCAACGUUUGAUACCGAUUGGGGUUAGAGGGCUUUUGACUAAAGAUACAUCUACACCAAUAGUAGACCUUUGUAUGUUCUUUAAGCAACUUUGCUCUAGAACACUAUCGGUGGAUGAUAUGAAGAAAGCAAAGGAUGACAUUGUUACCAUCUUAUGCAAGUUAGAGAUGAUCUAUCCACCUGCGUUUUUUGACAUUAUGGUUCAUUUACUUGUGCAUUUACCUGAUGAAGCGAUUGCGGGAGGUCCAGUAGCUUUUAGAUGGAUGUAUCCAUUUGAAAGGUACAUGAAAAAACUAAAGAACUAUGUUAAAAACCCGGCAAGGCCUGAAGGUUGUAUAGCUGAAUGUUAUGUGUUUGAAGAAGCUCUAACAUUUUGUUCAAUGUACCUUAAAGAUGUUCAGACUAAGUUCAAUCGCCCAGAUAGAAACGAUGAUGUCGUAGUUGAAAAAAGAAAGUUAUGGGUGUUUGAGUCAAAAUGUCGUUAUGUUGGCGCAAGAAAGGAGAAAUAUCUAUCAUUCAUCGAAAAAAGCAAGAUGGAAUGGUUUGUCCUCGAAAACUGCGCAGAAGUUAGGGAGUACAUGAAUGAAUUCAAACAUACACAUCCCCAUGAUGAUCUUAAAACCAAAUUUCCGGGAUGGUUUCUCCAUAAGGUCCAUUCGAUGAAAACACAAAAUUCUCCAGAAUUCCACCCGGAGUUGUAUGCUCUUUCAAUUUGUGCGAAAAUGACUGCUUACACUUACACUGCUUGCAUAGUCAACGGUGUUAGGUUUAAGACACUUGAACGUGAUGCAAAAUGCGCAACGCAAAACUCUGGGGUGGAAGUGGUUGGAGAGAACGGUGUGAAAUUUUAUGGCCAAUUAGAAGAAAUUAUUGAGUUGCGUUAUACAAAUGAUUAUUCCACUGUCCUAUUUCGGUGCAAGUGGUUUGAUACUCAAAGGGGUGUAAACCAUGACAAUAAUAUCACCAGUAUAAGCACUGAACAUGAAUGGGACAAAGACGAUCAACUCAUAUUUGCUUCGCAAGCCAAACAAGUGUUCUUCAUCCAAGAAACGUCUCGAAACCAAAAAAAUAAACAUAGGUGGGUAGUCGAAAAUGUUAAUCAUCGAAGAAUUUGGGAUCGGCCAUUAAGUGAUGACCGCGUCAAUAAGGUUCAAAAUGUUGGCAAACGCUUAGAAGAUAGUGACGUUGUUGACAACAACUCUUCAUCUGACUAUCCACUUGUCAUUGACUUGACCCAAUACUUUCAAAUUGGAUCUUCUCAUGUUACUGCGGGUGAGCCUUCAAUUGAAGUUGAUCCCCCAACGGCCACCGUCGAUGAAGUGUUUGAAGUCGAGACUGAUUCUGAUGAGGUCGAGGCUGCUUAUGAUGAGGAUGAUCCCGAUUAUGUGGAGUCUGACUAA